CUAACCGGAAAGUCAUCAACCUCCCCAGGGGCUGAGCCGCAUUGCAAUUCACCAAUGCACAUCAUCAGUAUAGCGCAAGAGCACCAUGUAAGCGCAGGCAUUUACCCCCGUAUGACGCUUGGGCGUGGCGCCUGCUACCCUUGGCGACGUUGCGUGGGUUUGAGUGAUGCAGGAUGGCUCAUCACCUACGUAGUGUGUGAUAUAAAGCUCUUCCUCAGGCCACAAGGCGAGAAUACAUUAUUCACACCAAGUCUUACAACUUCAGAAGUUUCAGUUUAGCCGACCUUGUAUUGAAAUCUCCCCGUGGUCCUCAUGUCGUCUCCCACAGGAAAUUCCAGUAUUUCCUUUCCAAGUCAAGCAGACCUCUUCUAUUAUUGCACCACAUCAUCGACUUCGCAAGAAAACCUCAACCUACACUAUGCAGCUCCCUCAAGAUCCUCACUAAAAAUCGGCGUCAUCAUUUUCGGUCAAGUCCAACUGCUCGACUUAGCCGCUCUCGACCUUCUCGCCAUGAUUGGCAAAAGUCGGAUCAGCAAAUCCAACCCUACGGCCGCAGCACUGGACCAAGCCGUGGACGAAAUCGACAUUCGAUACGUUAGCAUGACGGGAGAAGGAAGUUUCCCCGUCACAGCUGGCUCGCGAAUGCCGGUGACGAACUCCUUCACCAACGCCCCCCAAUUCGACAUCCUCCUCAUUCCCGGCACCUCCACUCUAACUAACCUCCCUCCCCCCGCCUCCUCCUUUCUCACCUCCCAAUGCCUCAACACAAACCUCCUCGCCAUCAUGACCAUCUCCUCAGGCAUUGCGCAUCUAGUCCAAGCAGGGAGUCUGCACGGCACCCGCGUUGCGGCGCCUCGCUCGCUGCUGCCCUGCUUGCAGCACCGGUUUCCGGAGACGGAGUGGCAGUGUGCGCCUUGGGCGCGGCACGGUAAGGUUUGGAGCUGUAAUUCACCCGUUUCUGGGCUGGACAUGGUGGUGGAGUGGAUGAGAGAGUAUUUUUGGGAUCGCCAGGAGGCGCUGGCGUGUGUGGUGGGGGUUGCGGGGGUGGGUAGCUUGUAUGAGUAUAGUCAUUGUGAUUAUUGAGGUUGCUGAGUAUGGAGGCUUGAAUUGUGGAUGGCUGGGCUUGCGAGUCUUCUUCUUUUUCUUUACUGGGGACAAACUCUACUCUUUGUGAGACUUUUGGGUUUGC